AUGGCCUCGCAGAUUUGGGUCUCUCGUUUUGGCAGGGGUGCUGGUUUCAGACGAACCGAUAGCCAGAAUUACACUGCCAGUGGACCGCUCCAGAAAUCGGGAUUUCGCUGCAGGUUUGCUCUCACACAGGCAACAGAAUGCGGCGGCUAUGUUAUGCAGCACAAACAGCAGAUCCUGCACCCAGCACAGCGCGCAGUAGCUCGGAAGCGACCUGCAGAAGCACUCCGUGGGGGACAGCAUGUGUUUGGCUGGAUGAGUUUGGCUGGAUGA